GUGCAGACCAAGCUUCAUCAGCCAUCUGUCCCGCGCUUGAUCAGCAGAGCAGGCGCAAAUCACAGCACCUCGAUCCGCACCAAGCUGGAGCUGACUGCAGGCGCUUGCUUGCCGAGCCAGCCAUCCUUGCUCCCUCGACGAACUCCAGCGCGCGCUGUGCUUUUCCGUCUGCCCUGAAAAUUGUCUGCAGAUACCCACGACGACGCGCGCCUGGACCAAAAAGAACGAGCAAUAGACUCGUCGCCUCGCACUCCAGGUGCUGUAUCGAGGUGCGCUCGCAAUCCGCACGGUGAACUCGCACGGGAGCGCUGGCGCUGGCUCUUCGGAACUUCCGGCAUCUUUCUCAGCAGCACCGCACUCUCCAGCAUACCGCGCGUCAAGCGUGAUCGCAGCUUGCGCUUUGCUUUUCACGGAUGGCCUUGCAAUAGAACGCUCUUCACGACUUGCUUCUUGGAUACGACUCACAUUGACGAAGGUGGAAUUACGGACGUGGAGACGCGGUGCAGCAUUCAUCCUGUAACACGUUCUAAAAGUUUCUUUGGCCCAUAUGGACUACUUCAGCUCAGGAUCUCGCCGUGGUGGCAAUCCACCUAAUCGAUCAAGCGCCGGCACCCAACAACAAGGCGCCAGGCAUGUGGCAGGAGCACCUUCGUUCGAGAGCCUCAGAGCUCCUUCGAACAUCCGCAUCCGAAGACUGCCAUCUUAUGGCUCGCGGCCGACUUCUCAGAUACGAGAGCACACAGGAUCCCGGCCGACCUCGAUACAGGAGGGAGAUGAAGUCGAGGAUGAUACCGUCGCUGGUCGACGCCGCAGUUUCUCAGCACCACAGCGACCGCCGAGCAAUAUCCUCUCGGACGCGGCGGAAUUAUCGAGACAGAGGACCAUGGACCCAGGUCACCACAUGUCAACCAUUAGAGAGGAUCAGCAGGCGACUGGAUCUAGUUUUCGAACCGCAACUCGCACCGAUGGCAUUCGCGAGGUAGAUUCUGUUCCCACUACGCCCGGCAUAAAUGUCAGAGACAUGGCCACUCGCUCGCCCACGCCCGACAGACUGAACCCUGGUACCGCAACUGCUAUGCGCAGUGCUGGAAACGCAGCGCAGAGGUCGCGUGGCGUCGGAUUGAGUCGAUUUCGUAGUAAUACUUCACUCGCAUUCGGUGCUGACCAGCCCACCUCGCACUAUCCAGAAGAGGAGUACGAAGCUGAUGUUAUUGACCUGCUCGACCUCGUCGAUCCUGAGAUUCGCACACUGGGCACAUUAACAAAUCUGCAAAAUUCUCUGUUCGUUCCCGAUCUCGGUGGUCUUGUUAAUCGUCGGCCUACAUACGAGCUAUCGAGAAGGCCAACUGCCGACAUUGAAGCAAUAGCUCGUUCUCGAGCAGGGACACGAACAUCUCGCACGGGACCGCCAAAGAUCCCACGGAAACCAGUACCCGAAAGGCCCUCGCAGACAGGCACGGACGAGAUAGAACUUCAGGACGGGCUCACCCGCAAAAUGUCGAUAUCCUCCCAGCUCAGCGACUCACAUUAUGCCGUACUUCCUCACGGUGUCCAUCUCGAUGGCUGGGAUGAAGAAGACGUUGCCGAACUUAAUGACCACGUGCGACAUCUCUUGCAUUCCAAACGAGAAGGAUUCAAACGCUCCAUGCGAGGUUUCCGCCAAUACGUCAGCAAGCCGCUGGGGCUCUUUGUCACAGUGUACGCAGUAUUGGUGACUCUCUUUGGUACGGCUUGGGUGUUCGCCUUGAUCGGUUGGAUCUAUGUUGGCGGUCGACAGGAAUACAUCAUCAAUGUCAUCGAUUUGGUCCUGGUCGCAUUAUUCGCCCUUAUGGGAGAUGGACUUGCACCUUUUCGAGCAGUUGAUACCUAUCACAUGUGCUUCAUCGCACACUAUCACCAUCUCACCUGGAAACUGCGCAAGAAACAAGGACUACCAGGCUUGAUCGAUCGAAACGACCUUCCGGACAGGAGACAAAGCGCGACAGAUGUGGACGAUAUCAUCGACAAGGAGGAGAUGGCAGAAUACUCUGUGCUGACUCCACAACAACAAAAGCGCCUGGCAUACCAUCAAGCAAAGUUCAACAAAAGUCACACCUUUUACAAACCCCACGAAACGGCAACCCAUCACGCUUUCCCACUCCGACACAUGGUCGCAGCCGUGGUCCUCCUCGACUGCCACAGUCUCCUACAAGUCGCACUCGGUACAUGUACCUGGUCAAUAGACUACCGUGUCCGCCCGGAAGCACUCACAGCCACAAUCCUCUCUUUCUCCCUCGCCUGCAACAUUACAGCUGGCAUCGUCAUCAGUAUCGGCGAUCAUAAGACGCGAAAGAAAGAUGUGCUGGAGCGCAUGUUCCGACAAGGUCUCACGGAGGAGGCACUGAGGAAAAUGGCCAAGAAUCAUGCUCGCGGUGAAAUGGGUCUCAGCGUGGAUCAGAACCAAGUUCAAGAUGGGAAAAUCAAGGAUGCUGUGGAGGCUACGGACCCCAAGACGAAUGGAAAUGGAAAUGGAAAUGCAAGCCCGAAAUGAUGAAGCCACAUGGUUUGUUGUAUAGAGCAUUUUGCAGCAUAGCGCCUUUUUAAUUCAUGGAUACAGGUUUUUGAGAUGCAAUACAGCCCAGAACGUGUACAUUCUCUGCGUCACAGC